UCUGGCACUGAAUCCAUUCUCAGAGGAUGGAAUGAGUAUCUCUCAUCAUCAUUGCGCUUAUGCAGCACAUUUGGUGUACAUGCAACCCAAGAAUAAUGGAAGACGACGAAGUUUCUUACAGUUGCAUGUACACCAACGUAAAGUGUAAGAUGUGGAGACUUUAUUACCAGUCCUGUCCAGCAGUAUCACAUAAUGGCAUGUAGAGGGGCGUGCUGUUGUGGUCCUGCUAAUGAAGAUAAUGCCAGGUUCUUAAUGUUGCUGCUCCUCAUCAUCCUCUACCUCCUGUGCGGAGCCGCGGUGUUUUCAGCCCUGGAGCAUCCCAAGGAGAAACAGGCGAAGGAAAGGUGGGCUCAGAGGUUUGAGCUUUUCAGCCAAAAGUACAAUCUCAACAAAAGUGAUCUGGAGAAGUUCUUGAGACAUUAUGAAGAGGCGAACAUUGCGGGAAUACGGGUGGACACCCUCAGACCACGCUGGGAUUUUACUGGAGCCUUUUAUUUUGUCGGUACUGUCGUUUCCACCAUCGGGUUUGGAAUGACCACACCUGCCACAGUCGGAGGCAAAAUCUUCCUGAUCUUUUAUGGCCUCAUUGGCUGUGCAGCCACCAUUUUAUUUUUCAAUCUGUUCUUGGAAAGAAUAAUAACUGUGUUGGCUUUUGUGCUCAAGUCCUGCUAUGAAGUCCAACGGCGACGCAAAGGAGUUUUACCUCACGACAGCAGACGAGACUCGAGCAAUGCGAGGCUAGAUCGUGAAGACAGUCUUGCAGGAUGGAAGCCCUCAGUGUAUUGUGUGAUGUUGAUUCUUUGCGUGGCAGCAAUGAUCAUUUCAUGUUGUGCUUCGGCCAUGUACUCCUCAAUCGAGGGAUGGGGAUACUUGGAUUCGCUGUACUUCUGCUUUGUGGCAUUCAGCACCAUUGGUUUCGGGGAUAUGGUGAGCAGCCAGCGAGCAAGAUACGAGAACCAGACCAUCUACCGAAUCGCCAAUUUUCUCUUUAUUGUAAUGGGCGUUUGCUGCAUUUACUCGCUAUUCAACGUCAUUUCCAUUGUUAUCAAACAGGUGCUCAACUGGCUCCUGAAAAAGCUUAAGAUCCAUUGCCAUCACUGCCCCUGGAGGCCUCUCCGGCCCCGUAGGAACGCGGUCAUGCCGGGCCAUCUCCGAACACGUGUUCGUAACAUAUCCAUAGACACGGAUGCAGUGAAUGAUAGCGAGACGGAUGGACGCAGGAUGUCUGGAGAGAUGAUCUCCAUGAGAGACUUCCUGGCGGCUAAUAAGGUCAACUUGGCGAUCAUGCAGAAACAACUGUCUGAGACGGCCAACGGCCAUCCGCGGGCAUGCGGCUCAACAAACAGGCACAAUGGAUUCUCUGGUGGGGUCGGAGCCCUGGGCAUAAUGAAUAAUAGGCUUGCAGAAACCAGUGCGGACAGAUAAAUAUUACUUUUACAAACAAACUAUCACAAUGACUUCAUGAAAAAGCCAGAUUGCACUGCCCGUAGUUUAGCUAUAUUGUUACUUUCAUAAUACAGAUGUAGGCUUGUACACAGUCUCUAAUAUGUGUUGAAUGCUGUAGCUGAAAUAUCCAUUGCUGCUCUAAAGGUAAAGAAGAUGUAGAACUGAAGCUCAGGUCUGAUUGAGGUGCUGGGAGAGGCUUUGCUGCACCAUAUUUUGACUCAACUUUUUUGGUUAAACUUUAUUUUAAGGUGUCCGUGUUACUGUGUAAUUAUACAUUUAAGUACUGAGUAAUAUUAAUUGAGUACAUGUACUUAUUAUAGGGUUUGGGU